AGUAUAUAUCAUUCAAGGCCAGGAGCAUUUGAAGUGUCUAACGACCCAACCAUUCGACGAGGCUGAAGAAGAGUCAUACACCUAGGCAUCUAUAGGCUGGACACAUGUUCGAGGAGACGACGUCCAAUCUCGAAGAUGUUGCUGGAAAUGCAACCGGGGAGAACCAAACAUGGCCCCGACCAUUCAAACUCGCCGCUGAACCCACUAUAAACUACAAACCAUAUUGGGAUCACACCUUGUAUCGAGGUCCGAACAACGAGGAAGUCAAGGUGACUUACUGCAAGACCAAAGAACAGUCCGAAAAUGCCGCUCAAGCUUUCUUGGGUGAAGAGUUGGUGGGAUUCGACAUGGAAUGGGUGAUCUCAUACAAGAAGGGAGAGAUACGGGAUCUUCAAGACGAAAUAUCGAUGAUACAGAUCGCCAGCGAGCACCAGAUUGCACUCUUCCAUAUUGGACAGCACGUGGGUAAAACGACAGACGACCUGAUUGCACCAUCAUUACGCAAGAUCAUCGAAAGUCCCAACAUCGUCAAGACGGGGCAUAACAUUAUGUCUGCCGACUGCGGCCGACUGCUCCAGUACUUCGGUAUCACGGCGAAAGGAAUAUUCGAGUUAUGUCACCUUGACUAUCUUGUCACCCAUGGACCGACCGAACCGUCAAGAGUCAACACUGUCAUCAGGAACACGAGCCUUGGGGCGAUGGUGCAGAAGCAUCUCGGAUAUCCGAUGUGCAAGGACGACGACAUACGAAAGUGCAACUGGAGGAGGGAGAUUUACGCCCAUUGGCAACCUCACAAGAAGAGGCUCAAUUAUGCGGCUGCUGAUGCCUAUGCCGGCCCCAUGCUGUAUCAUUGUAUGAAUGCGCAGAGAUUGGCCAUGGAUCCCGUUCCACCUAUGCCACUGCUUGCGGACAAGUACCUGCCUUUCAAGGGAGCGGGGAGGCAAGCUAUUCGCCUGCAUUCAGAUGUUAAGGGUGAAGAGUAUACAACAGCUGAGAAGGUCUUCGCAGUCGCAAAAACCACCAUUGUCCCGACCGAAGAAAAUCAGACCAAUGUUGAAACUAUCGAUUUGACAGCAGAUGGUGGAGGAGUGCAACUUGCUAAUGUUGAGGCAAACAACGGCGAGUCGAAGAAACCCAAGUCCUCAUUCGAAUCGAGUGUGGACCAAGAUCCUUUGAAUGGUACGGAAAUGCUGUUGUAUGACCGAUUAGAGAAUUGUCGCAACGAGCUAGCGAUCAAGCACAACUGCGAACCAUAUGCAGUGACGUCGGUCGCUGCACUCAAAAGGAUGGCACGAACAAGACCAGAUAGCGCCUAUCGUCUCAAGAAGAUUCGCGGUAUAGGAGGGGUCUUCGUUAAUAAGUACGGAGCGGACUUCCUUAGGGUCAUUGCCGCAUUCAAUGACGAAAGCCCCAACGCCCCAGAUCCAGUGCACACCCCUCGGACUGUAUCUACCAUUCAGUUCACGACCCCGCCAGCACAAAGUACCAAGUCACCCGCUCCCAAACUAGAGAAAUCGCCAUUCAAGGAGCUCGACGCGACCGAAAAUGCUCUAUUCGAAGCCCUCAGAUCGAAACGAGCCCAUCUUUCCCGUAUGGACAAUUUACCCGCAUACGUAGUUGCCCAUGAUCUAGUACUCAAGAAUAUUGCGCGUUCUCAGCCACAAGACACUGCAAGUCUCCGCAUGGUCAAGGGCAUAGGACCUAUGAAAUUGGAGAAAUAUGGUUUGCAUUGGCUGGAGGUGAUUGAUACGUUUCUCAAAGCCAACAACCCUCCACCGAGCGUCUCUUUAUCGAAGGCACCGGUCAACGUCAAUGUUCCCGCCAACGCCAAUGCAGCUUCUAUAUAUCCACCGAAGACUCCCAAUAGAGAUACACAUCGGAAUGGCGGACCGUCUGUAGCGCGAACACCACAGCUACAUACAGGUCUAUCAUUCACCUUUGAGAACACAACCCUAGACUCCGGAACAGAUCGUGUGGGUCCUUCCAAGUCGAAAAGAUUAGUUUAUGACGACGACUCGCCCAUCUCAGAUCAAACCUUUCUCUCUAUUGAGAAAACCAUCCUGGACUCCGGAACAAACCGCGUGGGCUCUUCUAAGUCGAAAAGAGUAGUCUAUGACGACGAAUCGCCCACCUCAGAGCAAGAGAUCUUUCUCACCCCUCCAUCGAGGCCCAGUUCCGCUUCAGGUCUCAAGAGAAAGAGGAACAUAUCUGGAUUUUUCGGCGAGAGGGAGGCGAGGAGGUAUUGAGAAUAUCAUCCUCUUAUUAAUUGGCUUCUACUGUUGGGUACAAAAUAGUAGAGCGGAAGAGGUGUCGGAAUAAGCAAGAACUUGAGUUUGAACAUGAACAUGUUUCUGUUCAUUUGUCCUCUCUCU